AUUCAAUCCGUUUUGUGGGCACCGCCAUGCUUGCAAAGUGAGCCUUGCUCUUCGAGGAUGGAGUCGCCCCCUUCAACUCCUUUGACCUUGGUGCCGGCGAGGCGAAGGAGACAUGAAGAUGGAGAAAGGUCCCGAAGGAGACGUGGCAGUCGCAGCCGCGAUCGCCGGCGCCAAUCGCCGCCGCCCGCGGAUUGGCGAGGGCCGGCUGAGGGCUGGCGGCCACCGCAGGAAUGGGCUGGGUAUGCGCCGCCCAACCAUGGCGGCCAUAUGGGAUGGCCACCACCUCAACGUCCCAUGUAUCGGCCGCCAGGCUACGGGCCGUGGGGCGUGCCACCCCCGCGGGAAGCCAUGGACUGGCGCCCUGGCGCAGCGUCUGGGACUCCAGCCCUGCCAGGUGCACCAGGCACAUGGACACCACCUGGUCCUGCUCCUCCUAACCACUGGGGAGGUGGUCCUCCAUCGCAUUGGGGCGGCCCCAGCGCGCCGACUCCCUUUGCCAAGGGACCGUUUGAGCAAAGUCCUGCGCCCGCAGUAGUGGAGAAUGGCCACAGCGCAGGUGCUGUCCCCGCCACCGCUGAGCCCGCCCUAGUGGAGGAGCCUUUGCCACCUGCGCCCACGGCAUCUGAACGCCUUCGUUCAGUGCGGUUGGUGUCCUCUGCUUUGAGCGAGCAAAUGCUCGAGAAGCUUCAUUCCUUGGGGGUGAUGCCGAAAAAAGGCAAAGAGCUGGUUGAAAAGGUGCCCGAAGCAGGUUUUCGCAGCGAUUUGGCAAGUGGUGCUCAAUGUGACUUGUUGGGUCUGGGCUUCGGCAGCACCCCUCUGGGCAGCGCUCAAAAGUUGCCCGCGCCCGCGGGCAAGCGCCGGGUGCCGGCCACGCCGGUUUGCACCUUGGGCUUGGCUCCAGGGGGCCUUUGGGAGCGCUUCCGGCAGCGUUGCGGCACGCCCUGGCCGCCGGAACCACCAGUCUUCAUCCCGCAACUGCGAAGCUCCAAGGCUGGUGGUCACGCGGUGGUCUUGGCAGUGAGAGGUGAAACCCGGUGAGGCUGUGCCGCAUCCCAUCCAAGAAUCCAAGUAUCCUUUGGCAAUGAAAGAUUGCCAACAAAUUGUCCAUUUUCCAGACGAUCCAGGAUCAAAU